GCAAAAACGGGGAGUGCGAAUAGCAGACACAUGGUCUGCCUUAAUCGGAUCAACUCACCCGAGUGAACUCGCUAGCGCAACACACACUGUGGAAUGUUGAUAACGCGAAUGUAAGAACCAAAAGAGAAAGUGUAUAGUUGCAACAAACCAAUGGGUACCCUUUCUCUUCUCAAAUGCUACACACCCUUUUCCUCCAUCCUUUUCGCCCACUCGGCUCGAGCCGCCAAUCACGCCGCCGUAUUCAGGAGAAAAAAGCUUCCUUCCUUUCGCGCCAUCUCAUCCUCCCAGCCAUCGACGGCGGAGAAGAAUCACGACGACGGUAAAAGUUUCCGUUCAAAGAGUCAUUCGCCGGAAGUAUGGCUUCACAACACAAUGAGUAAAAAGAAAGAGGUUUUCAAACCCAAAGUGGAAUCGAAAGUUGGAAUGUACGUGUGUGGUGUCACCGCUUAUGAUCUCAGCCAUAUUGGUCAUGCUCGUGUUUACGUCAAUUUUGAUCUUCUUUAUAGAUAUUUAAAGCACUUGGGAUUCGAAGUUUGUUAUGUUCGCAAUUUUACUGAUGUGGAUGACAAGAUAAUUGCAAGAGCAAAGGAGUUAGGAGAAGAUCCAAUCAGUUUGAGCCGGCGCUAUUGUGAAGAGUUCUGUCAAGACAUGGUAACUCUUAAUUGUUUGCCUCCUACUGUGGAACCGAAAGUGUCUGAGCACAUGCCCCAAAUCAUUGAUAUGAUUGAGAAGAUUCUUAAUAAUGGGUAUGCCUACGAUGUUGAUGGGGAUAUAUACUUUAAUGUAGAAAAAUUUCCAGAAUAUGGGAAAUUAUCUAAUCGAGGUCUAGAAGAUAAUCGAGCUGGUGAGAGGGUUGCUGUUGAUUCAAGGAAGAAAAAUCCUGCUGAUUUUGCUCUUUGGAAGUCUGCAAAGCCAGGGGAGCCAUUUUGGGAGAGUCCCUGGGGUCCUGGAAGACCUGGAUGGCAUAUCGAAUGCAGUGCUAUGAGUUCCACUUAUCUUGGUUACACUUUUGACAUCCAUGGUGGAGGAAUCGACCUUGUAUUUCCUCACCAUGAAAAUGAAAUUGCUCAGAGUUGUGCUGCUUGUAAUAAAAGUGAUAUUAGUGUAUGGAUGCACAAUGGUUUUGUCACAAUCGACUCUGUGAAGAUGUCUAAAUCUUUGGGAAACUUUUUCACAAUACGGCAGGUUGUAGAUGUUUAUCAUCCGCUGGCUUUGAGAUAUUUUUUGAUGAGUGCCCAUUAUAGAUCUCCUAUGAACUACUCUAAUAUACACCUUGAAAGUGCUUCAGACCGUAUUUUUUACAUAUAUGAGACAUUACAUGAAUGUGAAAGCUUUCUGAACCAGCAUGAUCAGACAGUUAGGAGGGAUUCGGUCCCACAAGAUACUUUGAAUAUUAUUGAUAACUUCUAUGAUGUUUUUCUGACCUCAAUGUCUGAUGAUCUUCACACUCCAGUUGUGUUGGCUGGACUUUCUGAUCCACUAAAAUCAAUUAACGACUUGCUGCAUACUCGCAAGGGGAAAAAACAACAAUUUCGAAUAGAAUCGCUUGCAGCUUUGAAGAAAAGUAUUGGGGACGUCCUUACUGUUGUUUUGCAGCAGCUUAAGAAAAAAGCUCUUAAGCGUGCAAACUUGACAGAAGAUCAAAUCUUGCAGAAGAUUGAAGAACGGGCCGCUGCUAGAAUACAAAAGGAGUAUGCGAAAUCCGAUGCCGUAAGGAAAGAUUUGGCUGUUCUUGGUAUUGCUCUUAUGGAUAGUCCAAAUGGCACAACUUGGAGACCUACCAUUCCUCUUGCGCUUCAAGAGCAGCAGAUUGAUGCACGCUGAAUCAGCAUCCGGUGUCCAACAUUUGCAAAGCAAAAUCAAGAAGUGAAAGUUGCAAUUCUUGAUUAAAUAUGAAUUACAAUUUUUGUUUAGAUUUAAAAUGUCCUGAGGUUAGUGCUGUUGUCUUGGUGGUCACUAUUGAAUUAUUAUUAUUAUUAUUAUUUAGCAUGAGGCCUUUUUUUUUAGAAUAAUCAUAAUCAAAUAGAAUGAAAAGAAAAAUUAGUAUUUGAAAUUGAAUAUA